GCGUAUUUUGCCGGGAUGUUCCGUGUUGCCAACGUUGAGUUUAUCCCCGAGUACCGCCAGGACGACUCCAAUGAGUUUGUCUCCCUGGCAAACAAGAUACAACACGUGGUGAGCAAUGUGUACAAGAUGUCCUCAGUGGCCGGACUCUACAAGCAAGCUGUCAUUUCAGACCUCAGUAACAACAACAAGGGAGGUGUGCUGGUUCACUUCUGGAUGGUGUUUGUGGUCCCUCGACUUAAGAGCCCUGUAGUGUGUGAGGAGUGUGUAGGAGCCAUUUUCAGAGACUCGGUCCACACCAGCAUGAAGAACAGGUCCUCUGUAGGCUACCUGCUGGGUCUCCCAGUCGAUAUCGACUCCAUCCUCAUUAAUGUCGUUCAGCGAUCAGAUUAUUCAUCAAAUGGAGCAGGCUCACAGUGUGUAGAUAAGCUGCACGCCAACCUUCCUGGGGGGAGCGUCCCUUUAAACGUCUUCUCGUCAUGGGGUGGUGUGACGUGCCAUGUAAAACUCACCGCCGUGCCCGGCUCUCUCAUCCGUCUCACCGUCACCUCGUUCCUCAUUGAGCCCAGCGACUGUGUAAAUGAUGCCCUGACUGUGUACGACGCUCUGCUGCCCAUGAGAGGGCGCAUUCUGCACAGGCUGUGUGAGCCAGUGUCCAGCUCCUUCUCCCUGGUGUCUACCUCCAAUGUCAUGCUGCUGUCCUUCAGAAUGACCAAUGGCAACAAGAGCUUCAGAGGACACUUUGAGGCUAUUGCUGAAGAAGUGUGUAUAUCUCAAAUUGAGACCCACUUAGAGCCGGACAUACCUGGUCAAAUCUACAGCCCCUUCCACCCCAGCCUUCUGCCCCCACAGUCCUUCUGCGCCUGGAGGUUUGAGACCUCUAACAGAGCUUUAGGAGUCGCUCUGCGGUUUCAGAACUAUGUAUUGAAACCAAAGGGCAUGAAGGGCUGUGAACACGGCUGGUGGAAGGUCAACGAAAUCAUUUUCUGUGGCAGCUACGUGGGACACCACACGGUGUUUCGGAUCGCUGACCGCAGCCCAGAGGUGGAGUUUCGCUGCAGCUCGCGUAACUCUGCGCAGCCUUUUCAGGCGUCUUACAGCAGCUACAACAUCAGCCAACCCUGUCCAGAGAGCCACUUCCUGUGCUCCACAGGACUGUGUGUAGAGAAGAGUCGCCGCUGUGACGGCCUGGACGACUGCCAGGAUGAGAGUGACGAGGUCUUUUGCUCGAGGCCGACAAAGAACUGCGGUGGCAACAGUCCUCUGCAUCCUUUGUUUGUAUGCAAUGGCGAGAUCGACUGCUCCAAUGGAAUAGAUGAGAUCAACUGCACUCAGGAAACAACCUGCUCGCCAAUCAGGUAUCGAUGCAACAGUGGCUCCUGCAUCCUGAAGAAGAACGCAAAGUGUGACGGUGUUCAUGACUGUCAGGACCGAAGUGAUGAGGCAGACUGUGCCUGUGGUCGUCCCUCCUUGGUGAAGAAGGUGGAUUCUUCUACGGGACCUGAGCGUAUCGUGGGGGGAGAUGACUCUGUGGAGGGAGAGUGGCCGUGGCAGGUCAGCCUCCACUUCUCUGGUAACCUGUACUGUGGGGCUUCUGUCCUGUCCUCUGAUUGGCUCAUCUCAGCAGCGCACUGCUUCAGCAAGGACAGGCUGUCUGACCCGCGUUACUGGAGCGCCCAUCUUGGCAUGCUGACACAGGGCAGUGCCAAACACAUGGCGGAGAUCCAGCGGAUCGUGGUGCACGAGUAUUAUAACGCGUACACGUUUGACUAUGACAUCGCCCUGCUGCAGCUGAAGAAGCCGUGGCCUGCCUCCCUCACGCCGCUGGUCCAGCCUGUGUGCCUGCCACCCUCGUCCCACACUGUCACCGGCAGCCACCGCUGCUUGGUCACCGGGUGGGGAUACCGCUCUGAGGAGGACAAGGUGCUGCCCUCAGUGCUGCAGAAAGCAGAAGUGUCCCUAUUGAGCCAGACUGACUGUAAGAAGAGCUACGGACCGGUCUCCCCACGCAUGCUGUGUGCCGGGGUGCCCUCCGGAGAGCGGGACGCCUGCAGGGGGGAUUCAGGGGGUCCUCUGGUCUGUCAGGCACCGGGCGGGGGUCGCUGGUUUCUCAUUGGCAUCGUCAGCUGGGGGGCGGGCUGUGGCAGACCAAACCUGCCCGGGGUCUACACCAGAGUCAACAAGUUCACCUCCUGGAUCUACAGCCAUAUCAGCUGACAUGAUGGUGGUGACAUGAUGAUAAUUCACUGUCGCUCACACCAAAUAAUAAAAGCAUCAUCAGAUACCAUGUAAACGGGAGGCGGUGAAUGCCCGCUGCAUCCGAGCCGCUCAGGUCAGAUUUCUGCGACAGCGGGGGUUUCCUCUCUCUCCAUCGUUUCUAUGCAUGAGGUAUUGUUGCAUAUCGCCUCUCCGGAGCU